GUGUGUGUGUGGUGCUGGUUGUGAUGUAAGUACAGACUAGAGCUCAGCUGGAAGGGAUGAACUGCAAUGCAGGAUCAAUUAUUUUGUCUCGAUGAGGAUGUUGGAGAACAUGGAUUGCAGCACUACUGUGUCUAGCCAGGAUAUGUGGUCUGAGAUUUGUCCAUGUGCUCCUGACACAGAGGAACUAAAUCCUGAAGAAUCCUUUUCAGACUCCUUUCUGGGCCCGAUUUCUGAUGAACUCAACCCUGACAAUAACAGAAGUGAAUCUAAACUUAACUUCCACAAUUGCAGUGAAAAACCGUGGGCUCCAUUACAAGACUCUGAAGUAUACUUAGCAUCUCUAGAACGUAGGUUACAGAAAAUUAAAGGUCAGACCCAUGAAGUGACCUCCAAAGAAAUGUUGCAUUCUUUAGGCCAGGCAAAGAAGGAAUGUUGGGAUCGAUUUCUACAAGAGACAUAUGAACCUGAAGAAUAUGUUGCAAUUAGUGAUGUUGAUAGCAGCACGCUAGAACAUUUGAAGCGAUGGAUUCAGCCAGAGAAAGUGGCUCUAAAUGCAGAGGAAGUGCAGUGUCUAAUACCUGGCGAAGCUUCCCCAAAAAAUGGUGACAAUGAGCAGGACAGUGCGACUGCCGAGCACUAAGAACCUGGAUAUUACCUUUUACUAGGCUUUUGUAAAUCUAAAGAUCCCAGUGUCCACAAAGAUUGAUGUAUGAAGGUGGUUCAUUUUUCACCUUAUUAUGUACUCUUGUCAUUCCAUUUUUUUUACAUAAAAACCCGUCGCAUAUUUUUUUCUUUUUUCUUCUCUAACAAAAUAUUUGUAUUUUAUUGCAUUUAAUUAUUGUAUAUUUAACAUAACCUUUUGUUAUUUCCUGAAGUAGUUUAUUUGUAUACUUGUGCUGCCUGUGUUGUAUUAAUAAAUAAUUAUGGCUAAAUAAAA